AAGUUUCUAAAUAAUUCCAGUAAAAAUGGCGUAUGACAGUACGUUAAUUGCAAAUAUAAUGAAGGACAUUGGCUGUGGUGAUGGCUUUCACAUACCGGUGGCAAAUGAAGAAAAUCAAUUACUUGAAAAUGAGAUAAAAGAAUUGCUUAAAAAAAAAGCCGAAUUGUUGGUUAUCGAUGAAUCAAUGGAUAAUGAAUUACGUGAUAGUAAAAAUAUAUUAACCAAUUUAUCAAAUCAUGAGAAUCAAAAUCAGAAAUUGAUCAUAGCCAACCGCCAACAACACGAGACGGAACAGCAUAUGCUGAUUGCAGCUCAAAGAGACAACGACUGUUUAUCCAGGGAAAAUAGAAUAUUGAAAAAUAAUUUGAAUGAGUUGAUCGAAAAUCAAAAUAAAAUGGAAAAUGAGCUGGAAAAAACUGAAGAACAAAUAAAAAAAAUGAGGGAAACUAUCGAAUGGGGYGAAGAAACGCUUUUGGCGUGGAAUAAUGACUUGGUUAAACGAUGUACAGAUGUUAAUAUUCUCGAGACAUAUCAUUUAGAGGAUAAUAACAGGUUUAAGGAAUUGGAAUUACGAAGACAGCGCCUUCAACAGGAUGUUAUUGAAAGAGAGUUGAUCGUGGAAAAAGAAGUAGAUGAACUCCUUCAAGUAGAAAGAGAGCUGGAACAAACUUCUAAGUUAACUAGGCAAGCACAACAUGAAAGAAACCACAGACUUGAACAGUGGGAAAAUGCAGCUAAUUUUUUGAACUCUAAUCAGAAAGAUUCACAGAAUACYGUCGAAGAAAUUAAUAAAAUUAGAUUAGCUGCUCGUGAAGUGUUUGAUAAAAUGAAUGAAAAUAAACAAAAGUAUCAAGAAUAUUUAGAGAAAAAUGAAGAGUUAGAAUAUAAAAUAGAAGAAGUAAAUAAAGUCAAUAAUGAGCUGAAAUUAUCAACCCUGAAUAAACUUUCAGAAACUGAAGAUUUACAAUCAGAGGUGUUGUCGGUUCAAAAAGCYCUUAGUGUUAUGGGUAAUAAGUUAGAAAAUGAGCGUACAAAACGUAAGCAUAUGGAAAAUGAAUUAACAAAAUUAAAAACCCAGAUACAACAAAAGGAAAAUGGCUUAGCAAAAAUAAAGGAUGAUUUGACUAAAAUCAAAAAUCAAUCUAUGACUACGGAGGAGAGGUUAAAUGAACUGAAUUCGAUCUAUAACCAAAAAAAAGUUGAAGCAGAAAAAUUCUUAUCGGAAAAAAAUAAAUUGCUUAAUAUUGCAUAUAACGUACGAAAUGAGAUAAGCCAGGAAAAAAUUAACAUUGAUUUGUUGACAAGUCAAUUAGAACGAAUUUGUAACAAACAAAGUAUACUGAGUAAAGAAGAAUCGAAAUCAAAAAAAUUAAUUUUGGAAAAAAAAGAAAUCGUAUAUAACUUGAGCUUUCAGCUCGAAACUAUACGUAUAGGAAUUGCUGAAGCCAAGGGAACUACGGAUAUCGAAGAGAUGAAAGUUAUGCAAGAAAAGUUGCAAAAGUGCAACGAAGAAUUAAACCAGGCCACCGAUCACCAGCAUCAGUUGGAAAAGCAGUUAAAGUCGACUGAAAGUGAAACCAGACGUAUAACUAAACAAAUCGAAAAAAAUACUUCAGAAUUAGAAAUGCUUCGAAACCGAGUAGAAGAAUUGAACGUUACUAAUGAAGGAGGUGUAAAACAAAUUCAAGUCUUAAAGGAAACCAAUCAUCGGUAUCACAUGGAAGAAAUGAUGGUGAAGCUUAAGAUAGAACAAAUGAAGAAGUUGACGAACAAUGAAUGCGAUAAAGUAUAUUCAUUAGCUCAGCAGCGUGAAGAAUUAACUGCGGGCAUAAACAAUAGGAAAAAGGAAGUGGCGGAAAUUUACAAGCGGAUCAGCGACGAGAAAAAAUUGCUGUCUGAUGAAAAGUCAACGAUAAAACGCAAAUUAGACUCGAUAAUCCAGUACAUCGAACAACGGAAAACUAAGCACCAGAUACUGUUGUCUACAAUGGGAGGUCCCUCGUCUCGGCCGACCUUGGAGGGUAGUGGUGAUGACGAUUGUGAUGGCGAUGAUGAAGACCUAUCUUCGUUCAAAAUGAGCGAGCACCGAAUCCGGGUGGCCCAGGAAAAGCUUGAACUACAGGAAACUGGUGAUCGGCUGGAUGAGCGCGUGCAAAAACUGGAGACCGAGAUCCGGGCCAUGGAGAACACGUUGCAUGUGCUCAACGCCAACAACAGCUGUUAUAAGUCCGGAAUGUCUUCUGUUAACCCAGCUAGUGAGGAGUACAAGGAAAAGGUCAUUCUAGAGGAGACAUACGAAAAACUCAAUAGCAUGUGGCUACAGAAAAAAAAAACGCUUGAAAAGCUAGAGAACGAGAUUCGACGGGAUAUUGUGGUGAGAAUGAUGAAAAAAGUGAACAAGUGCGUUUUAGAGCAGUUGUCAGAAAUGUCUGUUCGACACAUCGAAGUCGAACCUACUGUUAAGCAAUAUUUGUUGGAAAAGGAUUUGGAAUUACCCAUCGUGUCCGGUCUGUUUUUGAACAAAGCAAAAUCAAGUUGCGGGUCUAGCUCGGUGUCAUUGAUCAGUAGUAAUUCCAGCGUUAAAAGCUAUUCGGAUGAAGACAAGCAAUGUUCGUAUUCCGUAGUGAACUUAGGACCUACUGCUUUAAGUGGCUCUGUUAAAUCCGGUAAAUAA